GAAUACAGACACCAGACAUUUUCUUCAUCAAAAUGGACAAGAUUUUCUUUUUUUUCCUUUUAAAAGGUUUUUUUCACAUAGAAGAAAUUUGAAACUUUGGUGAGAACAUCAGAGACCUCUGUGACCUAUAACCUUGCGUGGGCGGCAGGACUCCCUGCACUGUGUCUCCAGACAGUUUGGCUAAUUGGAAUGGCAGAGACACUCAACCUUCCAGAAGCCACAGAUGACUGGACAAAAGAGGAUGUAAACCUGUGGCUAGAAAGUCACAGAAUUGACCAAAAGCACAGGGAUAUCUUGAUGGCACAAGAUGUCAGUGGAGCAGUCUUGAAGUGGUUAAAUAAAAAACAUCUUGUUGAAAUGGGCAUAACCCACGGGCCAGCUAUCCAAAUAGAAGAGCUAUUCAAAGAAUUGCAGAAAACAUCCUCAAAACAUUUUACUCAGACACCUAAGAAGACAAAAGGCAGUAAGAAUAUUUCUAAAACCCAGACAGAAAGUAGAGAGACUUCAAAGCAAAACCAAAGAGCUGAAGAGAACUCACGGGAGGCUGAUUCCUCUGCAGUGAGUCCAGAAGGGAACUCACAUAAAGCUGAUGCUCCUACAGCAAGUCCACGGGCUAAAGGUACUAAAUCAGAAAAACAUGAGCUGGUGGGAGAUAGAACAGUUCAACAGGAUAAGCAGUCAUCUCCAGGGCCAACAUGCAUUGCAUAUCCUUUCAAUGAAUUCAGUAAUCCGUACCGUUACAAAUUACAUUUCAUCCUACAGCCUGAAACAGGACCACUCAAUCUCAUUGACCCAAUACAUGAAUUCAAAGCCCUGACAAACACAGAGACAGCCACAAAAGAGGACAUAAAGAUGAAAUUUAGCAAUGAAGUCUUCCGAUUUGCUUCAGCUUGUAUGAACUCACGUACUAAUGGCACCAUUCAUUUCGGAGUCAAAGACAAACCCCAAGGAGAGAUUGUUGGCGUGGAGCUCACCACUGUCACUAAAGAUGCCCUCAUUGACCACUUCAAUCUGACUAUAGCUCAAUAUUUUGAGGUCCAUCAAGUCCAACAAGCAAAGAAGUGCAUUCGAGAGCCAAGAUUUGUGGAAGUUUUACUGCCAAAUAGUACUCCAUCUAACAGAUUUGUUAUUGAAGUAGAUAUCAUUCCACAGUACUCAGAAUGUAAAGAAGACUACUUCCAAAUCAAAAUGCAAUGUUUAAAGAAUCAAGCAUGGCAACAAGCUCCAAACUACUCAGUCUUUGUGAGAAAUGGACCCAGAAGUAAGGACAUCAUAGGGAAUAAAGCUGAUUUCAAAACUUUUAAAUUAGACUUAAAAGCACUGUCAGAAUCUAGGAAAGAAGCAGAAAAAAAAUCUAAAGUAAAACUAAAUGAAAACAACAGAGAGGGGCAAAAGCUAAUUGAGCUGUUGACAGGAAAUAAGGAUCUGUUAGAUAACUCAUACUACGAGUGGUACAUUCUUGUAACAAAUAAAUGUCAUCCACAUCAGACCAAACAUGUAGAUUUCCUGAAGGAAAUUAAAUGGUUUGCUGUAUUAGAGUUUGAUCCUGAAUCUGAGAGCAAUGGUGUGGUCAAGGCUUUCAAAAGAAGCCGAGUAGCAAACCUCCACGUUCCAAGCCAAUAUAUAGAAGGAGAAACCAGAGUCAGUGAGAAGAUUUUCAGUCUGAAUCUUUACCAACAACCCAGCUGGAUUUUCUGCAAUGGCAGGUUAGACUUAGAGAGUGACAAAUACAAACCCUUAGAUCCAAUAUCCUGGCAAAGAGAGCGAGCUUCUGAAGUCAGGAGACUGAUUUCAUUUCUUACACGUGAUGACAUAAUGCCACGAGGGAAGUUUCUGGUAGUGUUUUUAUUACUCUCUUCUGUGGAAGACCCAAGAGACCCCCUUAUUGAGACUUUCUGUGCUUUUUAUCAAGAUCUCAAAGGAAUGGAAAAUAUACUGUGUAUUUGUGUACAUCCAAAGAUAUAUCAGGUAUGGAAAGACCUACUUGAAGCAAGAUUAUCAAGACAGCAAGAUGAGUUAUCAAGCCAAAGCAUUUCUACUUUAAAUCUUGCAGAGAUAAAUGGCACUAUUCUUAAAUUAAAAUCUUUAACUCAGUCUUCAAAGCGAUUCUUGCCAUCUGUUGGUUCGUCUACUGUCCUUCUGAAAAAGGAAGAAGAAAUUAUGACUGCCUUGGAAGUUCUCUGUGAAAAUGAAUGUGAAGGUACACUCUUGGAGAAAGAUAAAGAGAAAAUGCUUGAAUUCAAGACAUCCAAAGAAGAAGAUUUCUACAGGGGUGGCAAAGUGUCCUGGUGGAACUUCUACUUUUCUUCUGAAAAUUAUUCUUCAUCAUUUGUCAAAAGGGAUAAAUAUGCGAAACUUGAAAAAAAGAUUCAAGAAUGGGCAGACUCUUCUCAGCCGGUAUGUGCAAAAAUUAUUCACCUGUACCACCAUCCGGGCUGCGGAGGAACUACUUUGGCCAUGCAUAUUCUCUGGGAACUAAGGAAGAAAUUCAGAUGUGCUGUGUUGAAAAAUAAGACAGAGGACUUUUCAGAAAUUGGAGAACAGGUAACAAAUUUGAUCACUUACGGAGCAACAAGCCAUCAGGAGUAUUUGCCUGUGCUGCUCCUCGUUGAUGAUUUUGAAGAACAAGACAAUGUCUACCUUCUUCAGACCUCCAUCCAAACUGCUGUCGCUAACAAACACAUUCGAUAUGAGAAGCCUCUAGUGAUCAUUCUAAAUUGUACAAGGUCACAAAAUCCUGAGAAAAGUGCAAAGAUGUCAGACAGCGUUGCCCUAGUACAGCAACUCUCUCCCAAAGAACAGAGAGCAUUUGAGCUGAAGCUGACAGAAAUCAAAGAACAACAUAAAAACUUUGAAGAUUUUUAUUCUUUUAUGAUCAUGAAAACCAACUUUAACAAAGAGUACAUAGAAAAUGUGGUCAGGAACAUUCUGAAAGGGCAAAAUGUUACCACCAAGGAGGCAAAGCUCUUUGCUUUCCUGGCUCUCCUUAAUGCAUUUGUACCUGACACUACCAUUUCCCUUUCACAAUGUGAGCAUUUCCUAGGAAUCUCAAACAAGAAGGCUUUCUGGGGGACAGAAAAGUUCGAAGACAAGAUGGGUACCUACUCCACAAUUCUAAUUAAAUCCGAGGUGAUCGAAUGCGGGAGUUACUGUGGUGUGCGCAUCAUUCACCAUUUGAUUGCCACUCUCUCACUGGAAGAACUGAAGAGAAGCUACAACUUGAACAAAAGUAAAAUUGUGAUGGAUAUGUUAACAGAAAAUCUAUUCUACAAUACUGGUAUAGGAAAAGACAAAUUUUCCCAAGACGUGCAAACACUGCUGCUCACAAGACAGCGCAAUGAACAUGAAGGUGAGACAGGAAACUGGUUCUCUCCAUUCAUUGAAGCUUUACAUAAAGACGAAGGAAAUGAUGCAGUUAAAGCUGUGUUAUGUGAAGCUACCCGUAGGUUCAACCCCAAUGCAUUCAUCUGCCAAGCUUUAGCGAGACAUUUCUACCUUAAAGAGAAGGACUUUGAAAAGGCUCUACAUUGGGCAAAACAAGCAAGAAAAAUAGAGCCUAAUAAUUCUUACAUCUCAGAUACACUAGGUCAAGUCUAUAAAAGUAAAAUAAGAUGGUGGAUAGAUGAUAAUAUGAAAAAUGGGAUUAUCUCGGUGAACGAGCUAACUGAACUUUUAGAUUUAGCUGAACAUGCGUCAAAUGCUUUCAAAGACUCUCAACGGCAAACCGAAGACCGAGAAUACGAAGGGAAGGAAAGGUUGUAUCAGAAGUCAAAGAGGAGGUACGAUACUUACAACAUAGCUGGUUAUCAAGGAGAGAUAGAAGUCGGCCUCUACACCAUCCAGAUGCUCCAACUCAUUCCUUUUUUUAACAACAAAAAUGAACUAUCUAAACGAGAUAUGGUCAAGUUUAUAUCAGGAAAUGGUGAUAUCCCAGGGGACCUAAGUGAGUUUAAGUCUGCACUCAAGAAUUUUAUUCCUUAUCUAACUAACCUGCAGUCUUCUUUGAAAAAAUCCUUUGAUUUUUUUGAUGAUUACUUUGUCCUUCUUAAACCCAGAAACAAUAUAAAGCAAUAUGAAGAGGCGAAAAACCGGAGAAAGGUGGCUGGAUACUUUAAGAAGUAUGUAGAAAUAUUUGGCCCCUUGGAAGAAUUAGAAAAUCAAAAUUUUAGAUCAAAGCUCAGUUUACCUCUACAAGUAGAAAGGACUCGGAGAAGCCUAGAAGCUUUAAAAGCAGACAAGUUUUCUGGACUCUUAGAAUAUCUUAUCAAAAGUCCAGAAGACGCUGUGAGCGCCAUGGAAGAUAUCGUGAACAAAUACACUUUCCUUCUUGAGCAAAGUGUUAUCAAAACCCAACAAAAGGAAAAGCAAAACUUUAUCUUGGCCAGCAUCGUUCUCUCUUGUAUUAACCCUACCUCCAAGUUAAUAAAGCCCAUUAAAAAGCUGAAAGAACAGCUUCGAGAGAUCCUGCAACCAAUAGCACUGACUUACCAAUUUCCAGAACCUUACUUUCUAGCCUCUCUUUUAUUCUGGCCAGAAAAUCAACAACUAGAUCAAGAUUCUAAACAAAUGGAAAAGUAUGCUCGAGCACUAGAGAAUGCUUCCAGGGGGCAAUAUAAACGCAUGUAUCGCACAAAGCAACCAAUUGCAUAUUUCUUUCUUGGGAAAGGUAACAGUAGGAACAGACUCAUCCACAAAGGAAAAAUUGAUAAAAAUUUUGAAAAGGUAUCAGAUAUUAAUUCCUGGUGGCAUACUGGAAAAGUAUGGGAAGAGGAAAAGGUCCAGGACCUUUUGGUUCGUUUACAGGGACGAGUUGAAAGCAAUUCUUUAUACAUAGAGUAUGGGAUCAAUGAAAAAAUCACAAUACCAAUUACACCCACUCAUUUAGGUCAACUUAGAAGUGGGCAAAGCAUAGAAAAGGUGUCUUUUUAUCUUGGAUUUUCCAUUGGAGGACUUCUUGCUUAUGACAUUAAAAUUGUUUAA